AUGCGCGGAGAUCAGCGGUCAUGGAAGGUGGGACAACCGAUCAAGGAUCUCAAUUUCGCUGUCAAGAAUCUCUUCCAGCACAUUCACCACGCGCCGCAACACAGGGAGGACGGCAGCAGCAACAUCCUGGACUUCGGCUUCAAGAACCCUGCCGAUCUCCUCAAGCCGACGACAUGGGCGAAGCGACAGAUGACGCAGAAGCCCCCGAUGACGCCGGCCAACGAGCUCCUCAACCGGCCGGAAAUCGGCCUCUCGUACCUGGCAGGCGCCAUCGAAGCCUUGGAAGGUCUUCACGUCUUCCAAGCUGCAUUCGAGAAGCACCACAUGCGCAAGCACUGCCAGGUUCUGAACACCGCCGAUUACCCGAAUGUUCCGGUGACGGAGGAAGAUACCAAGAAGGCCGUGCAGGCCACUCUGUCCUUCUUACACGAGUGGCACGCGAAUUGGACUGCGGGAGCUCGGAGCAUGCUGCAAUCAUCGCUGGCGUAUGGUGCCAUGGGUCAGAUCCUCGGAGCUUCGGCACUGCUGCACCAAGUCUCCUUCUGGGCGGAGAACACGCCGAACGAAGGACAGCUGCCAGCGGAAGCCUUCGAAAACUGCCGAAAGGAUCCGAGCAAGAUGCACCUGCUUACGAAAUAUCUGACGACCGCGCACUUGAGCCACAAGCAUCUCAAGCGGCAGUCAGCAGGAAGCGAUAGCCGACAAGCCUUUGACUCUGCCGAGGCCGAGGCAGCGCUGAGUUGGCAGUCCAUGUCGCCAGCAGCUGGCCUGCGAACGCCGCGAUCGUCAGCCAAGAAGCGCAAGCAGCAGGAGGAAGCAGGCAUUCCUCCUGUGCCGCAGGCUCCGGUGGAGCAUGCUGGCCGCGCCAACGCCGUGACGCCAGGUGCCCAGGCGACCUUGAAGCUUUGGGAGACCUUCUACCCGAGGACGAAGCAAGAGAUCUCGGAGCAAGUGAAGAAGCUGCAAGGCGACAGAAAAGCGACGUUCCUCAAGAGAGCCCAAGCACUCAUCAAGCAGGCGCAGGACUUGAGGCCUAGAAUCGAGAGUGCUUUGGAGCCGCCCGUGGCAGAGUCGAUGUCCUUCCCAGAGACGGCGGAGCCGGAGAUAAUGCCUGAGCAAGAAGACGGAGACUUAGCCUUCUUGCUGACACCUCAGAAGCAGGACUAG